UCUACCCACCAGAUAGUGAAUCCUCUUUAAAAUUACUUAUCACUUGAACUAUUUGUCACUUUAAAACUACACAACAACAAUGGAAUCUAUCAAGGAGUCUCUGGCUGCAAUGACCGACUUAUUCAACAGCCGUAUGAAUGAAUUCCAGCAAGACUUACAGAGGACAACAACACCUGCGACUGUGCCUUCUCUUUCAUCGGAGUUCAAUUCUUUUAAGUCUUUUGUUCUCACUGCACUAAGUGGACUUCAGCGACAAAUUGAGUUUCUCGCCAGGGAAAUGGAUCGGACUGAAAUGCAGAGACGUCGAAAAGUGCUUCUUUUCCAUGGUGUUAGCGAAGAGAGAUCCGAGGAUGCCACUGCUCGCGUUACCAGCCUUGUUGCGGAGCACUUGGCCUUGCCAAAUUUUUCUACCAGCAGUAUCAAAUCUUGUCAUCGCUUGGGAAGACCUUUGGACAGCAAGCCCAGACCUAUAGUGGUCAAAUUUACCGAGACUGCUAUUAGGGAUAAGGUCUGGUUCGCCAAAACGAAGUUGAAGGGCACCGGUGUCACAGAGUCAGAGUUCCUGACGAAAAGCCGACACAAUGUGUUUUUGGAGGCCAGGAAGCGGUUCGGCAUCAACAAGUGUUGGACACGAGACGGUUUGAUACACAUUAUCGCCCCAGAUGGAUCUAGACAUCGUGCCGAAUGUUUAUCUGAUCUUGACUCGAUUUCAUCUUGUAAGUCCCCAGUCCAAAAAAUUCCCAUCGCAAACACUAGCGAUAAAGUUGUAUUGCAGAGGUCAAAGCGCGUAGUUAAGAAAUAGUUAUUUUAUAUUUAUCUUUCUUCUUAUUAUUGUUUGUUUUUCUAUAAUUUUAAAAUUAUUUCUCUGUCUACCUGCUUUCGAUUUAAUUUUUGUGUUGUGUAAAACUAUUUACGAAUCUAUUUAGUUAAAAGUUAACGUCAUUCUGACGUUUGUCAAUCAGGCGCCAUAGUUUUCUUGCUUUGGAUGGUUAGUUUUUUAGUUCUAUACUAGACAUUU